GAAGAAGAGUUGGGUAGGAAGCCAACUGUAGCUAAUUUAUUUAUGCGCAUCCAUAUGAAAAAGAACAAGAUGUGGGUUGAUACUAAAUCCGGGAUGACAUAUAACAAGUUUACUGAUAAGAUGAGUCAGCUAGAGGCAAGUCAGAGCAUAGGGGAAGGGUCAUGUAGUGGUGAUCAACAUGCUGAUCAUCCUUUACCAUCUGAAUUAGACCUAUGGAAGGAAACGGUUGGUGGGAAGAGAAAAGGGAGGUUGUAUGGACUUGGUUUACAGUCCACAGUGGUUUCAGAUGCUUCUUCCGGGCAUUCAAGUUUCUCAAAUCACUGGGAUGAAGAUGAAUACAUUCAAGAAAAAGUUAGGACUCAUGUUUCUUCACUUAGUGCUGAGCUUAAUACUCAGUUAGAGACGGAACGAAAUGGAAGAGCUGAGUUGGCUGUUCGUCUGGAGUCAUUGCAGCAGGAAAAUAUUCAGUACAAACGUUUGCACUCCAAGACGAUGAAGAAGAUUAAUAAAACAAACAAGAUGGUUAGUCUUUUUUUCAAACAAAUGAAUGUCAAAGCUAUUCAUGGGGCUUCUACUUUAUCUCAACUAUCACUUGAUGAAGAUGAAUGUGAGGAUGAUGAAGAUGAAGGUGGGGAUGAGGAAGAUGAAGGAGUUGAGAGUGAGGAUGAUGAAUAGGAUUGGAUUACUUUGUGUUAAGUUGUUUAAUUGAAUCUUAUGAUGAUAUAUUGAUAAUACUAUUUGAUAUACUAAAUUAUUUGAUGAAAUUGUAUCUGAAUUGCUUUUA